CGCUGCAUUUUACACAAAUAUAUAUCGGCGAAAACGAGUACGGAGGGAAGGGCGGACCUGGGCGGAGGGAGUCCAAAAAUCGUUCACUAGGACAGAACCGGCAAAGAUUCUGCAAGCUUAAAAAGGAAACCAGAUAUUUUUCAACUCCAUCUAGAGGCACAAUGGGCGACAAAGUUGAUAUGAGUCUAGAUGAUAUUAUCGCUAACGACAGGAAAUCCCGGGGCGGAAGUCGCGGUGCAUCUCGUGGUGGUGGAGGAGGCAGAUAUAUCUCUGGUAGGGGCGGAAGGGGAGGUUCACGCGGCGGACAGUCUCCAGGUCGACGAUCCAGUUUUCCUCCACGAGGAAACAACUUUGGAGGAGGAGGAUAUGAUGCAAGACGAUCCCUUCCGGUCACCACAUCAGGACCUGGUAAGCUAUUGAUCUCUAACCUGGACUAUGGAGUUAGUGAAGGAGAUCUGUACGAACUGUUCUCGGAGUUCGGGAAUAUUAAGAUGGCAAUUGUACACUAUGACAGGAGUGGAAUGAGAUAG